AUGGGACAUGUACAGAUUGGCAAAACUGUGACAGAAUUUAUUCUUCUCGGACUCUCUGAUCACCCCAAAACACAAUGUAUCCUUUUUGUAUUUCUCUUGAUAGCUUAUGUAAUGAUUUUAUUUGGAAACUUUUCUAUUAUAUUUCUAUGCCUGACAGACAACAAUCUGAAGACCCCGAUGUAUGUUUUCCUUUCCAGUCUCUCUCUUCUUGAUAUCUGCUUUGCAACAUCAACUGUCCCUAGAAUGCUAAAAGAUUUGCUGUCAGUCAAGAAAACAAUUUCAUUUGAAGAAUGUGCAGUUCAAAUGUUUGUUUCACUUUCUCUUGGGGUUUGUGAAUGUAUUCUGCUCGCUGUAAUGGCUUAUGAUCGUUAUAUUGCUAUAUGCAAUCCUUUACGUUACACCUCAAUCAUAAGCAGAUCUGUUUGUAUCAGAAUAAUUCUUGGUAAUUGGAUAUUUGGAUUUGUUCAGUCUAUCCCUGUUGUUUUAUUUACAUUAAAUGUAGAUGUUUGUGGACACAAUACAAUUAAUCACUUUGUCUGUGAAGUCCCAGAAGUCCUUUCACUUGCAUGUGCAAACCUAUUUAUUAUUGAAUGUUUUCUGUUUUUUGCUGGUUCUUUUAUAUUGAUGAUACCUGUUGCAUUCAUUGUGAUCUCUUAUAUUAAAAUCAUUAUAACCAUAUUAAAUAUUGCAUCCUCUGCUGGACGACAGAAAGCUUUCUCCACCUGUGGAUCUCAUAUGAUGGUUGUUACAUUAUUUUAUGGUACAAUCAUUGCUGCUUAUAUGAAACCUCGUUCAAUCUCUUCACCAGAAACAGACAAAAUUAUUGCAGUGUUUUAUAUAAUUGUAACACCUAUAUUAAAUCCCUUAAUUUAUACACUUAGAAAUAAAGAUAUAAAAGUAGCUAUAUUUAAAUGCAAAAGCCAAUAUUUCUAA